ACAUAAGAAACAAUUCUCACUCAAUCUCGCUAGUAUCUCUCCCAUCGCCGCUGAAAACCGGACCGACCCAUACGCGACGGCGCUGAAAGCUAGAAGUACAGUAAUCUGCAAUGGAGGUGGAGCAAACACUAACCCUAACUUCAGAAGCUGAACGAGAGCCAGAGAAAGACGAAGCAACAGCCAUGUCUGAUUCCUCCAACGAUUCCGAUUCCGAUUCCGACGAUGAAGCUCAGCAGAACAUCCAACUUCAAUCUCUCCAGACCGAGCUUGCCGCUAAUCCCGCCAACUACGAUGCUCAUUUGCAAUAUAUAACGCUACUUCGGAAAACCGGUGAUGUUGAUAAACUGAGAAAAGCAAGGGAAGUUAUGGCUGAAAUCUUUCCAUUGACCCCUUCCUUGUGGCAGCAGUGGAUUAAAGAUGAGCUUUCUCUCACCACCGCCAAUAAUGACACUUUCUCUACCGUUGUUAAGCUUUAUGAAUGCGCGGUGUUUGAUUAUCUGUCUGUCUCUCUAUGGUGUGACUACCUCCAAUCUGUUCAAGACUUUGAUCCAAUGCUAAAACAAUCUUCACCCACUGCUAUUUCCAAGGGAAGGGAUCUCUUUGAAAGGGCCCUUACGGCUGCUGGUUUGCAUGUUGCCCAAGGCAGUAAGAUAUGGGAAGCAUAUAGGCAAUAUGAACAGGCUAUACUUCUGACUAUUGAUGAAUCUGAUACACAGGCAAAAGAAAAGCAAGUUCAACACAUUCGAAGUUUAUUCCAUCGCCAGUUGUCUAUCCCCCUUGCUGACAUGAAUUCAGCACUUAUUGCCUAUAAGACUUGGGAGGUGGAACAGGGAAAUUUUCAUGAUGUAUCCAUUGACCUGAUUGAUCGUUAUCCUCACGUUGCAUCAGCAUACCAGAAGGCCUUGGAGAUGUAUAAUGCUCGCGUUCAUCUUGAAGAACAGAUUUCUAGCCAAGAUAUUUCUGAUUCAGAAAGACUACAACAAUACAUGAACUAUUUGAAAUUUGAGCAGUCUUCAGGAACACCAGCCCGAAUUCAAGUUCUAUACGAGCGGGCUAUUACCGACUUUCCUUUAUCACCUGAUCUCUGGCUUGAUUAUACACACUAUUUGGACAAAACUUUGAAGGUUGGUAAGAUUGUUUCUGAUGUAUAUUCUAGGGCCACUAAGAACUGCCCUUGGGUCGGAGAACUUUGGGUUCGGUAUAUGCUUUGUUUGGAGCGCGGUCAUGCUUCAGAGAAAGACUUGGCUGCAAUCUUUGAGAAGUCCUUGCAAUGCACCUUUUCUACGUUAGAUGAGUAUCUUGAUUUGUUUCUCACCCGGGUAGAUGGCUUAAGGCGAAGAAUGACAUUCACCAAAGAAGAGGAUCCAUUGGAAUAUAAAAUAAUAAAGGAGACCUUCCAGCGUGCAUCAGAUUACUUGUCACCAUACAUGAAGAAUACAGAUGGUUUGUUACAAAUACAUGCUUAUUGGGCUCAUUUAGAAACAAAACUUGGAAAAGAUAUAACUGCAGCUCGUGGAGUUUGGGAGAAUUUUCUUAAGACCUGUGGUUCAAUGCUGGCCGCAUGGACUGGUUAUAUAGCCAUGGAAGUUGAAUUGGGUCACAUAAAUGAAGCAAGGUCCAUAUACAAAAGAUGCUACAGUAAAAGGUUUUAUGGGACCGGUUCAGAGGACAUUUGCAACUCAUGGUUACGCUUUGAGAGGGAGUUUGGCAAGCUGGAAGAUUUUGAUCUUGCUUUGCAAAAGGUUACCCCACGUCUGGAAGAGCUACGUUUAUUUAGGUUGCAGCAGGAAUCCAAGUCAGUAGAGGAAAGUGAAAAUAAUCCAAGAAAAAAUGUAGGUGAGAAAAGAAAGCCGGGGGCAGAUAUAGCCGAUGAACAGUCGCCAGCAAAGCGAAAGAAAGAUGCUGGUAAAAAAAUACAAAAAGCACCCAAGGAUAAUAUAGAUCAAGUGCAGAACUCUACUCAGGUGACAAAAGUGGAAGGGUCCAAUCAGAAAAAUAACAAAUCGGAUGACAGCCAAAAGCAACAGCUUACCCGUGGAAAACACCGGGCAUACUCUGACCAGUGCACUGCUUUUUUAUCAAAUCUUAACCCUACGGCAAAUGAUGGGCAUAUUCGUGAUUUCUUCAGUGAUAUCGGUGGAAUUGUAGCCAUCCGCAUCCUACAUGACAAGUUCACUGGAAAGUCCAGGGGACUAGCUUAUGUGGACUUUUUGGAUGACGAGCACCUUGUUGCAGCGGUAGCUAAGAACAAGAACACCUUACUUGGGAAAAAGCUAAGUAUUGCUCGAUCGAACCCUAAGCGAGGUGGAAAGGAAACUUCUAAUCCAAAAAAGUCAGAACAUGAACAUGACAUUGAUCAUUCUGAUAAAAAAGGUUCAGUAUCAAAAGAAACUGAUGAUACCUCCAAGAAGGAUGUAAAAGAUGGGAAGUUCUCUUCUAGAAAGCCAGGAAGUGACAACAUUCAGUUUAAAGGGAAGAAUACUUUUGCUGUGCCUAGAAAUGUCAGAGCACUUGGUUGCACUGAAAAUAAACCAAAAGCAGAAGUGGGUGAUGAACAGCCAAAAUCCAAUGAAGAAUUCAGAAAGAUGUUCAUUCAACGAUAAGGGUUCCCCAGCAGCAUUAAUUUGCAACUACGAAGGAAGUAGCUCAUUUUCACAACAAUGGACGGUAUAAGAUUUACUUCUGAGUACGAGUCACUUGGUUCUACAAGUGAUUUGUUGAAAAUAGUAUACGGCUCUAUCUGACUUGAAAAAUAUAUUUUGGUGUUUUUAGUGGGACCUCUUCCCAGACCAUGGGUAUCCAAGAGCGUUAGUGCACUGGACUACCGUUUUUUAUUUUUAUUAGGUUCUUAUAUCGAGUCUUACUCAUCUUUACAAAUUUAACUUGUAAGGUGAAGGGUACCACUUUUUAUAAGUUCUUUUAGGGUUUAUUUCCUAUGGGAUUUGAGCUUUUUCCAAUAUCAUGCCUAACACUAUUGGACUUGUGUAUGAAUAUAAAUGACCUGAAUAGAUAAACUUUGAAACAAUAUUAUGCUUUAUGUCAGAUUUAACUCA